AUGUCCAUUUUUUCCUAUAUCGCCUCGGGGAUCAGCUCGUUCGUCGUCCUGACAGCGUCCCUCUUCGCUCUGGGCACAAAAGUCCCCCGGGCCGCAUUUGUCGCCCGGUGUCUCGCAGCUUACGGCUCGCUUCUACUGUGCGCGUGCUAUGGUGUAGUUGCCUCGAUCGUCCUGCGACUGGUAGGCUACGGCCGAGUCUCCCAAUGGGCCACAGCACGCAGCUUCAAAUGGGUGAUGCGGUUAACGACUGGCGUGCGAUUCGACAUUAUCGAAGGCGUCGAGCACCUCUCUACCCGACCAGCGGUGUUCAUUGGAAACCACCAGUCCGAACUCGACGUGCUCCUGCUGGGUGCCAUGUUCCCACCAUACUGCAGUGUCACGGCUAAGAAGUCUCUGGCUAAGAUUCCGAUCCUGGGGUGGUUUAUGGCGUUGUCACGGACUGUAUUUAUUGACCGGGCGAAUAAGGAGACGGCUGUUAAAGCGUUUGACAGUGCGGCGGAGGAGAUGCGGGAUCACCGCCAGAGCGUGUUUAUUUUCCCCGAGGGGACUAGGAGUUAUUCGGACAAGCCGGAGUUGUUGCCGUUUAAGAAGGGCGCGUUCCAUCUUGCGGUUAAGGCUGGUGUGCCGAUUGUUCCUGUCGUGGCGGAGAAUUACUCGCAUGUUUUGUCGCCUAAGAACUUGCGGUUCAAUUCUGGCGAUAUUAAGGUUAAGGUCCUGCCUCCGAUUAGCACUGCUGGUUUGACUUCCGCAGAUGUCGAUCAAUUGACCAAGUCGACCCAGGAGUCGAUGCUGAAGACCCUCCUCGGUAUGUCCGAAAAGGAGGGAGAACGGGCUGAGGCCUCCCAUGUCAACGGCAAAUCUACUGCUGUUGAGAUAUAA